UUCACGACGUGUCGUCUUUAAAGCGUCUCUGAACCCUGAGACUCUGAAACUACAGCUUUCACUUCUGGUCACAUGUUCGAGCUGAAAUACCUGAAGAACUGAAGCUGUCAUUAAAAUCAAUGAUUUAAUAAAGAAAACAGAUUUGCUGUGCAGGACUGGACGCUGAGCCUGAAGGAAACAAAGGCUGGAUUUCUGUUCAGGAGAGAAGAGUUACCUGCCGGGCAGCAGACUCAGGUGUGUCCCGGUCCACAGUCCGGGCCAGGUGGCGGCGGUAAUGCACCAUCACCGCCAUUAAACCUCACGAAGAAGAAGCAGCAGUAGAAGAAGAAGAAGAAGAAGACUGCUGUGAGCCUCUCCGGGCACCGUAGUUCAACAGGAAGUAGUGUUUGAAGGCUGUUUGCGGGAGCGGUGUGUUUACAGAGACUACCAGCCGUCAGUGAUCCGGUUCAGCGGUUGAUGUGGACCGCGGACAUGGAUUCCCUGCAGCUGUUCCUGGACCAGUUCAAAGCCAGCGGGGAAGCCGAGUCCGUCUGGUUGCAGCGCACCUUCCGCUUCGUCACGCGACACCUCUGUCCGCUGCUCUCUGGCCCCGCCCCUCCGGCUGCUGACGACAUGCUGACAGGUGUUUCAGGUGCAGGUGUGUGUUCCCAUCAGCUGAGUGUGUGUGUGGUGAAGAAGAUCCAGGAGCACAUGUCUGUCACACACACCUUACCUGUCAGCUACAGGCCGGUGUCCAUGUCGGAGCUGCUCUCCCGGCAGCGCCUGGCCUGCGUCAGUAACCUGUCCUGGAGCACCAAUCAGCAGCGAGCCUGGGCGAAGGAGGCGGAGCUUACUCUGCCGGGCCACCGGGCUCUGCCGCGGGUCAACCUGCUGCUGAUUGGCUGCCUGAGAGAGGGGGGCGGAGAGUGGAGGCUGACGGACGCCAGCGGCAGCGUCAGGUGUGAGUGCCUGUCUCCCUCCCCUCUGUGGCUGAAUCGUCCCGUCUUCCUCCCUCACUGGAACUACAUCCCCCACGAUGCCCCGGGGCAGGACCGGGACGAGGCCGGAGGCCACGUGGAGCUGAUUGGCUCUCCUGUUCUGCUGUGUGCCGGCCCUGAGCGGGGAUUGGCUGCUGGUCCCGGAGGAGGGGCGGAGCUUAGCAGAGCAGUCGGAGUCAGAGAGGCCGCUGGUUUACUGCACAACAGGACUCGUGGACAGCGUGUCUCUGUCUGUGGUCAGGUGGGUUCAGUCUGCCCUCUGCUGGUUGUGGCAGGAACAACCUUCUUCUGCUUCUCGCUGACAGACGACUCUCACAGUCUACCUGUCCUCGUCAAGGACAGCAGCAGGUUGUGGUGGACGCAGCGUGUGUGUGUCGGUCAGAGUGUGUGUGUGACGGCGCUGCGUGUGUGCGUGCUACGAGGCUGGAGAGGAAACAACAUCCUGUGUGUGACCGACCGGUCUGAAAUACAAACGAACUACACGCACACGCAGGAAGACACACACUCUGACUCGCAGUCGGACACGCCCCCACCGCCGAUGAUGUCACAUGCUGACGGUGAGGACUGUGAGGAGGCGGAGCCUGAGCGAGACGUCAUCCAAUCAGCUGUCAGGAUGAACCAGUCCAGAGUCAUCAGUUACCAGGGCACUGUGACUGAGGUGGUGAGUGAGGGGGCGGGGCUGUACGUGAUUGACAGGAAGGUGGGCCUGUGUCUGGCCUAUCAGCCGACUCUGAGGAGGAAACUGAGAGCAGGAGACUCUGUGGAGCUCCACCACGUCCACUUCCUGUACCGACCCUGUCCCGACUUUCCUCCCAGCAUGCUCUGCACCUGUCUGCGCUCCAGCCUCAGGGUCACCGCCUUCAGCAGGGUGGGGGGGUCAUCACCUGACUCCAGCUGCCCCGGUGAUGGAGCGUUACCACGGUUACUGCUGGAGACAAACAUGGGCGUGUCCGAGUACCUGUGGACCUGUCACCUGAGCUCCCAGCUGUCACACAGUCUGGUUCCCAGUGUGUUGAAGCAGCAGUGUGUGUGUGUGUUGUCCUGGAAGCUGAUGGAAUUUGUGUGGAGACGAGGAAGAGGAGGAAGAGGAAGGAGGGAUAUCUACUCGGAGAUGUUGGACGAGCCUCACACCUGUCCUCUCACACAGUACAGUGUUGACCCUGCAGUACAUCAGUACAUCAGUGUGUCAGAGCUCAGUCAGUCUCUACAGUCAGACUGCUGGUCUUCGGUCUCUCUGAGCUCUCUGCUGCCCCCUGGUGGAUCCAGUCUGACCAGAUCUCAGAUCAACACAGAACUGGCCUGGUCCUGCAGGACUCUGACCUCUGACCCCCAGAACAACCCCCAGACUGGAGACAGACUCAGGCAGCGCCCCCUGCUGUUGGUCGGGGUGUUGGAGCUUCCGUCACCGACGCCUGAACACGCGCUGCAGCUGAGAGACGGGACGGGAGCCGUGGCCUGUGUCGUCACGGAAACCAGCGAGGAAGAGGAGGGAGGUCAGACGGCGGCCUUCAACACCGCCUGGAUAGGUUGUCUGGUGUGUGUCCAGCAGUUCACCAUGGUAACAGAGAGGUUCAUCCAAUCAGAUUUCCCCUCCUACCAACACCUGGACCAGGACAAGUACAUCACACGCAAACACUGCAGAGUUUACCUGCAGUUUUCUCUGGACCACCUUCACAUCCUGAGUCCGUCUGUUGCCAUGGUUACACACCUGCGACAGAGGGGGGAGGUGUCAGGAGGUGAUGUCACAGGGAGGAAACAGACAGCAGCAGAAGAAGAGAGGGAGGGAGGUCAGACUGCAGGGAGGAAGAGAAGAAGAGAAACAGGCUCCUCCCACUCUGCCUCCUCCGUUGCCGUGACCACCGGCCCUGUGGGCGGCGGCUCCCGGCCCUGCGUCUCCAUGGUGAUCAUGGUGCAGCAGAAGGAGGGCGUGGCCUGGAGGAACACGGGGGUGGAGUUACAGGGUGAGGAGGCGGGGCUUACAUUGUGCUUCUCUAUCAGAGCUGCUGUGAUUGGUCCAGUGGUCAGCUGGGGGCGGGACCCGAAGAACGAACCAAUGACAGACAGAGAGACAGAGACAGAGAAGGAGGACAAGGUGGUGCUGGUGCUCUCAGGUGUGUCAGCUCGCUGGUUUCCUCUGCUGCAGCCUGGAUGUUUCUACAGACUCAUCGCUGCUAACACACAGGAUCCCAGUGUUUUCAUUGGCUGUGGAGUUUCUGGGCGGAGUGGGGUGGAGCUCCACACUGACUCCACCCUUCAGGUCCAAUCUGAUUGGAGGUUCCACACUCUGACACGCCCACUGCUGCUGCACAGCUGCAGACAGGCUCUCUCGCCCACAGUCCUGUCUGUCUCUGGUGUCUUGGACUGCAGGUCAGAGUUGGUGUGUUUUCAGGCUCUGGUGUCUGAGAGGAUCAGUCUGAACGACAGGACGAGUGACUCUGGAGACACACACACAGGUGUGCGUCUCACAGUGUGUGACAAAACUGGGAGGAGUCUCCAGGUGUACCUGGACUUGAGCCACACCCCCUACCCACCUGGCCUGUUGCCUGGCAACACACUGCUGCUGUCUGCUUUCCAGAGGAAAGUGUCCAGGACAGGAAGUGUGUACUGCAGUUAUUUACCUGUCAGCUCAGUAACUGUCAUCUCCCUGGGAGAUACAAGCUCUGCCCGGCCUCCUCCUGCUCCCAUGAUGCAUCUGGGUGUGUGGGCAGUGAGCAGGGAGCAGAGGUGCAUUGUGGGUCGGGUCAAAGGUCACGUGGUGUGUUUCCUGUUCCUGCAGCUGCAGUGGAGCUGCUCGCUGUGUGGGAGUCAAUACAUGCAGUCUUGUUCCAGUUCUCAGUGUCGUUCGACCUCCUCGGUGUUUCAGUCCAACGCAAAGCUGGUGAUUGAUGACGGGACAGGUGAGGCUCACGUCUGGUUCUCAGGUGCUCUGGUUCGUCCUCUGCUGGGAUUGGCUGAUUGUCAGUGGGAGGGGCUUCAGAGAGCGCUCAGGGUCAGAGGUCACGUCAGGAUCUACCCCCGGGGGCGGAGCCUGGUGUGUGUAUUUACCUGUCUGUCUCUCUCUCUCAGGUGUGUGACUCUGACGACUCUCUCCUCCACUUCCUGUUGUGUGUGUGCAGCAGUGAUGCUGUGUGUCGUCAGCUGUCUCUCACCUGCAGGAAACACAACAAGCAGCGAUCAGAAGAGAUGAAGAGGUUCAGUCGAGGAGACCGAGACUUCAUGACCAGGAUGACUCCUCCUCUACAGCUCACCUGUCUGCACCUCCACACUGACUGAGCUCACCUGUCUGCGCUGACUGAGCUCACCUGUCUGCGCUGACUGAGCUCACCUGUCUGCACUGAGCUCACCUGUCUGCGCUGACUGAGCUCACCUGUCUGCUCUGAGCUCACCUGUCUGCACUGAGCUCACCUGUCUGCGCUGACUGAGCUCACCUGUCUGCGCUGACUGAGCUCACCUGUCUGCGCUGACUGAGCUCACCUGUACGCCUCGACACUGACUGAGAAGUUUGAGUUGAAUUUAGUUUCAUGUUCACAGAACAGAGUUUAAAGUUCAGUUUUACAGAAUCUGAUCGAUAUAAGUUAUUAAAUCUUCGUUUAUUUCU